UAUUUCUUCAACGCCUUGGCAAUGCUGCUCCGCUCAGGCCGUACAAUGCCGUAUCAAGUGCCUCUCCGUAGAAGGGGGUCUGUGAGGACAACAUGUCUGCGUGCAAGUAUGAGAACAGCUCCUGUAAAGUCAGGGUUUAGGCUGCGAAAAACAUCGAAAUGCUAUAUACUAACUGACAAUUCAAAAAUAGUGCAUUUUGAUAUAGAUGAAGAUGGUCAUCAUGAAAUAUCUACCAAGGAUUCACAAUCCCAUGAAGAUAUUGCGUGGUUAAGCGUGUUCACAAGGAAUGAAGCACCAGCAGAUUCUAAAAUUUUGGUGAGCCUCACACAGAGAUCAAAGCUUAAUGAAUUUGUCUUUUUGUGCAAGAGUAAGAAAAAUCUCUCUCUGAAGGUCUUAAAAGCAUCCUGUUCAGAGCCAGAUUGUCCUUCAUUUAAGGGAUGUGAUACGAAAACUUGCAGCCAUGAAAAUCCUGACUUUAAACAGCUGAGUGAAGAGGAUAACCUUUUCAUCAUGCAUAACCAAGGAACUUCAGUGCAGUUCCAGUGCUAUGAAGACAGAAGUUACUAUCUGUGUGUGAAUGAUGACUCACUUGAUAUUCGCAAGCUGGAAAACAAAGAGCCCAAUGAGGAAAAAAAUUUUUACUUCAGGGUGUCAUAUUUGGAGGAAAAGUAACUUGUCUACUUUUCGGUGGCCUAAGUGCCCAUACAGCUCCUAAGAAGAUGAGGAAGUUUGAGACCAGCUAAUUUCUGUUUGGGCUAAAUUUUUACAUUUUCAUAAUUUCUAAGCCACCAACAUCCUUUAUUUCUGGACAUUCAAUAGCAAAAGAGGAAGGUCAAGUUUGAAAAACAUACUAACUGAUCAGUCUCUGUGUCCUACCUUCCAAUUGUGUUUUUAAGGAAACAAAAUAUUCUGGUGUAGGAAAAUAUACAGGGGAUAUUUCAAAGAUGCCAACAAUAAGGAACAUAUAUGAAAAUGAUCAUAAAAUAUGCCAUUAGUUUUCCAUGCAAUAAGCAUUUUACUUUUUAUAAACUGUCUCUUAUAAGCUCACCUGAGUGUGACAAGAAAACUUUCAGAAGACUUUCAGAACUUGUUAAAUGCAUAUGUGCAUAUCCUGACUGACUGACUUGGAGUAAGAAUCAGAAGAGGUCUCUUGACUCUUUCUGAGAGCAAGGGAAGAUGCUGGGAGCUAGAAGAUGUCUCUGCACUUGUAGAUCCAAGCCAGCCCAUGUAGUACACUAUGCAAUUUCAGCAUCUCUCCAGCAUGGCAGCUCUCUAAGAAAAUGUACACAGACCAUCAGAUGCACAAUGUGCAGGCGGAGGGAGGGAGGGAGGUACAUUGAACUAAUGGGCCAUAAGAGAUGCCUGCAAACACAGCAGAAAAUUGCUCUGACAUAUUGGCUUCCACUUCUAAGUCACAGAGGAAAAUACAAUCACAUGUUCAAUUGCAAAGCAGAGUGCAGAACAGCAUCAGAAAAACAAUAUUCAAAAUUAAUGAAUAAAAUAAACACUAAGUGUUCAUGUGGGCUACACUGGAGGAGCCAUAAGAGUACUUACCUUAGAGCUACAGGGUCGGUCAAUGCCAAAUGGAAGAUGUUGACACUUAAAUGUCUAUAGACCAUGCCCUGCAAACCAUAACAUAUUUGAAAUACAUGAGAAAACAACCUGAAAGUUAUCAGGAUCACUAAGGGUUAAAGAUCUGGUUCUUCAUUGCUGUACAUGGACUUCCACUCUGAUUUAGUGGCAAUUUUCUGUGAUGCAAGUAAUUUGAGACUCUAUGUGUAUAAAUGGUAGGCAUGGUGCACCUACACCAAGGGACUGCUGCUUAGUUGCAGCAAAACAGCCUACAAUAUAACACACUUGCAGGAAUAAUCCUGUGCAGGUAUAAUAAACAAUGCACAGCUGAAAUAAGAAUCCUAACAUCAGUCAGUCAAUCACGCCAAUGCACAUUGCAAUAAUGCAAUUUUCUAUUGUAAACUAAGCUCCAAAGGUCUGUGAGGCCUUAAAAGAUUUCACAGCUUGCUUGUUGUAUUCUUCAAAUAGCGAAAAUCUUUAUGUUAGUUAUAAUGCUCAUUGAAGAGAGUUUUUAAAUAUUUUCUAAAUAAUACUUACAAGCUCUGGACCUGCCAAGAGUUCAAUAAACUGCCAAGAGGUAGUGUGAAGAAAAACUCCAAAACUCUAGAUAUUAAUUUCAGCAUUUAUUACACUAGAAUCGAGUUAACUUAAACUGCUUAAGAUGUUACACAAGAAAUAGAUUCAGUCAUAGUAAGUACAUUAGUUUCACUAUCUGAUACACUAACACUUCAUAGUCAUACAUUUAUUGUUGGUAGUGUAGUCACCUCACUAAAUUACAGAAUGUGCUAGAUGGGAAGUUGAUGAAAAGACGACAAGUCACCAUAAAGCUUGUACAAAGCAUAUUAAUGAAAUCAGCAUUGUUGAUAUCACCACAAAAGUAACAUUUACCUCAGUUAAAUUUGAAUCUGUUUUAUAGUUAAAAUUUAAAUUAUGGUUAUAUGCAGAAUUUUGUACUUUUACCAUGUGCCAUCUUUUUAGCAAUUCAAGGGAAAAUAAGCCCUUAUGGAAUACAGCAGUCACAAUUUUGGAUUUGAUAUAUAGGACAGUAAUAUCAUUUGACUUCUUUUCUCAUAAAACACAGUAAAAUCAGACAACUUCAUAAUUCUUAAUGUACAUAGUAAAGCAAGUUUAAAAAUUCUCUAUCCUAAUCUUUGCUGGAGUCUUAUUUUGAUCAUAAAAUCCCUUCAAACUGACAUUUUCCAGUUCCCACUAAUCUAAGUGUCUUGUGAGUGGCAGAAAAGUUUUUAAUAUGUGAGGUGGAAAUAAUUUAGAAAUUUUAUUUUAAAACAGAAAAUCGAAGAAGCCAUUUCAGAAUGGCUUUCAUUUUUAGCCUUUCAGAAAAAUAUAGUUUCAAACACUUUACAAUAAAAUCCAAUGUGUAUAACAUUCAAAUAUGAAAUAUAAUUAGUAUUUUACUGCUUAAAACAACAAUUAUAUUCUUUAACUUUCAUUUAACAGAUGUGAUAAUUAUUAAAAUAAUAUAUAUAUGUCACUCUUGUAUUUCUGCCCUUCCAAAGCUGUGCCUUAAAUAAAGUACUGCAUUUUGUUCACUUAGACCAAUGUAAUGCAAGUAUUCUUCAUAUAUUACUUGUAGUAUUUUGACCAUAUUUUUGACUUCCUGCAAUAAAACCUGUGAGAAAAACUA